GCGCAUGCGCGCACAGGUCCGGAGCUCCCGAGUCCGGAAUCGCCCGGAGCCGGAGUCAGGCGGGAAGCGAAGCGCGCAUGCGCGCACAGGCCGGGAGCGUCCGCAAUCACCCGGAACUGGAGUCACCCGGAGCUGGAGUCAGGAGGCAAACGGAGGGCGCAUGCGCGCACAGGUCCGGAGCUCCCGAGUCCGGGAUCGCCCGGAGCCGGAGUCAGGAGGGAAGCGGAGCGUCCGCAAUCCCCCGGAACUGGAGUCACCCGGAGCUGGAGUCAGGAGGCAAGCGGAGGGAGCAUGCGCGCACAGGUCCGGAGCUCCCGAGUCCGGGAUCGCCCGGAGCCGGAGUCAGGAGGGAAGCGGAGCGCGCAUGCGCGCACAGGCCGGGAGCGUCCGCAAUCACCCGGAACUGGAGUCGCCCGGAGCUGGAGUCAGGAGGCAAGCGGAGGGCGCAUGCGCGCACAGGUCCGGAGCUCCCGAGUCCGGAAUCGCCCGGAGCCGGCGUCAGGAGGGAAGCAGAGCGCGCAUGCGCGCACAGGCCGGGAGCGUCCGCAAUCACCCGGAACUGGAGUUUCCCGGAGCCGGAGUCAGGAGGGAAGCCGAGUGCGCAUGCGCGCACAGGCCGGGCGCGUGUGCAUCCGGAAUCACCCGGAACUGGAGUCGUCCGGAGCCGGAGUCAGGCGGGAAGCGGAACGCGUGUGUGGACAUAGGCCUAGAGCACCCGAGCGCCAUGGCCUGGGCCCUCAAGCUGCCCCUGGCCGACGAGGUCAUCGAGUCCGGGCUGGUGCAGGAUUUCGAUGCCAGCCUCUCCGGGAUCGGGCAGGAGCUGGGUGCGAGGGUUUACAGCAUGAGACUGUGAGCCCGCUGGUGGGUAGGGACCGUCU